AUGGAGCUCGAAUCCAACCCAGCAAAGAAGUGUGCCAAGCCCAAGGGAGAAGAAGCAUCAUCCGAGGAGGACCGGCUGAGCGGCCUCCCCGACGACGUCCUCCACUCCAUCCUCGGCGUGCUUCCGCUGAAGCACGCCGUCCGCACCAGCGCCCUCUCCACGAGGUGGGCGCACAAAUGGCUCCACGCUCUCGCCGCGUCGGCGGUCCUCGACUUCACCGACCGCGACUUGGUCCGCGGCCAGUCACCGGCGCAGAUCACGGCCACGGUGGACCGCGUCCUCGCGAUCCACGGCGCGGCGCCCAUCCACGUGCUCCGCGUGGUGCUGUCCCCGCCCGACGCCGACGCGCUCGGGCGGGAUGUCGUCGUCGGGUGGGUCGCGGCCGCCCUGGGGAGGGGCGCAAGGGAGGUCGGGGUGGACCUGGUGCGGCGUGGCGUCCUGGACGACGGCGACGGCCGCGUAUCACUCUUGCAGCUUCCUGGGGGCCUGUUCCAGGUCGAGAACUCGCUGUCGGUGCUUAGCCUGGGCCGGUGCAGCCUCGGCGACGUCCCUCCCGGGGCGGCGGGGCUCGCCGGCUUGACAUCCCUCUCCCUCGACCGCGUCGACGUCACCGACGAUGAUGUCCGGGACGUGGUCUCGGAGUGCCGGCUGCUCGAGUUCCUGAGCCUGAGGAGCUGCCACCUCCUCGUGUCGGUGAGGGUCGCCGGCGAGAGGCUGCGGGGCCUGGAGAUCGUGGGCUGCCUGUCCAUGCGCCAUCUGCGGGUGGCCGCGCCCGCGCUCGAGUCCUUGGCAUACCACGGGGAAAUCCUAUACUACAGAGACGACGCCUACGAGACUGCUCCCGUCGAGUUCAUCGGCAAAGAUGGCACGAGGAGGACGCUCUCGGAUGCGGUCACGCCGGAGCUACGAGACGCGUACCUGUCCCACCUCGGCUUGGGCGGAUACGACGAGCUGAUUCACGAGUUCGCCUACUCAGGCUUCUUGGAGGAGGUCGCCCAUGCCAGGAUUUUGACACUUUGCUCCGUGGGCUUACUGCACAUCGAAGAAACCCGAACAUUUUACGAGCUCACUAUGGAUACCCCGAACCUAGAAGAAGUGCAGCUGCUUAUGGACACCAUGAGCGACGGUGAUGUCAGUCGUUUCUGUGGCUUCUUCGGGCUCACCGAACCGCCCCUCCUCGAGCGACUCUUCGUCCGGCUCCCAGCCGCCGCUUGCGAGGACACUACUGAAGAUACCUGCAGCGGCACGAUUGCAACCGGCGAGGACGCGGAUAUUGUACUCGACUACGAGAUUGCUCUCGACCAUCUGACGUUCAUCAAGGUGAUCAACUUCCGGGGGACGACGCGCGAGCUGAGGCUGCUCAGGUUCCUCCUGCGCAGGGCUCCUGUCCUCGAGCAGCUGGUGCUCCUCAUCCCUGAAGAAAACGAGGGCACUCCGGGAGACCAUGACCAACACAAGAAACUCAGCCUGCUCCUUAAGAUCGUCCAAAAACACGUGACAGAGAUCCAGAAGGCGUGGCUGUGGCAAGACGCUCAUGUCACUGUGUGCCGGCCGAGGGAGGACCAUAGCCGGAGCCCUGCGCAUACCAAGUACUACCACGAGGAUUAGGCACACCUUCCUGAACGGAUUACGCAAAGCAAAACAUCACCAUCUAAUCUAAUUUCAAUAUAAACAGACAGAAAUAUAGAGACCUACUCCCUCCGGUCUGAUAAGAUUGACGCGAGGGGUGUAUACCAAUAAGCCUAUGAACGCAUAAAGGUCGCCUCUAUUAAAUACGACUAGAGGGAGUAAUACUCUGUCUAGCUCGUGUGGUCUUUGUUAGGUUCAGUUCAGUUAAGCAUGUCGCUGGGUUCAGUUAGCUCUAUUUUCUUUCCGGUUUCUACAGUUAGCAAAUUAUACCGGGCCGUCAUGGCUUCGUGGGAUGCAUGAGCUCAGCGAUUGUCAGCAGCCCAGUA